AUGGCUGCUUCAGCCAAAGUAAGUGUAGGGUCUCAUGUCUGGGUGGAGGAUCCUGAAGAAGCCUGGAUAGAUGGAGAAGUAGAAGAAGCUAACAGUGACGAAAUCACUGUUAACUGCUCUGGAAAGACGGUUGUGGCAAAGGUAAAUGCUGUCUACCCCAAGGACCCCGAGUUCCCUGAACUUGGUGUCGACGACAUGACAAAGCUUGCCUAUUUGCAUGAACCAGGACUUCUUCUCAAUCUUAAGUGCAGAUAUGAUGCAAAUGAAAUCUAUACGUAUACAGGAAAUAUAUUGAUAGCUGUGAAUCCCUUUAAAAGAUUACCACACCUUUAUGGAACUGAUACGAUGAAACAGUACAAAGGUACCCCUUUUGGUGAGUUGAGUCCACAUCCUUUCGCGGUUGCAGAUUCUGCCUACAGGAAAAUGAUCAAUGAGGGAGUGAGCCAAGCCAUCUUGGUGAGUGGUGAAAGCGGUGCUGGGAAGACGGAGAGCACAAAGAUGCUCAUGAGGUUUCUCGCAUACAUGGGAGGAAGAGCUGAGAGUGAAGGACGAUCCGUUGAGCAGCAAGUUUUAGAGUCUAAUCCAGUUUUAGAAGCUUUUGGCAAUGCAAAAACCGUUCGAAACAAUAACUCAAGUCGUUUUGGUAAAUUUGUGGAGAUUCAGUUUGAUCAAAGAGGAAGAAUCUCGGGAGCUGCCAUCAGGACAUAUUUGUUAGAGAGGUCGCGUGUUUGUCAAGUUUCUGACCCUGAAAGAAACUAUCAUUGCUUUUACAUGCUUUGUGCUGCACCUGAACAGGAAACUGAGAGGUACAAGUUAGACAAACCAAGUACAUUUCGCUAUCUAAACCAGUCUAAUUGCUAUGCAUUGGAUGGGCUUGAUGAUUCCAAGGAAUACCUAGCUACAAAGAAAGCUAUGGAAGUUGUUGGAAUCGAUUCUGAAGAUCAGGAUGCAAUCUUCCGAGUAGUAGCUGCAAUCCUUCAUCUAGGGAACAUUGAGUUUGUAAAGGGUGAAGAAUCAGAAGCUUCAGAACCUAAGGACGAAAAAUCAAAGUUCCAUCUAAAAACAGCAGCCGAACUUUUCAUGUGUGAUGAGAAAGCUUUAGAAGAUUCCUUGUGCAAAAGGGUAAUGGUGACUCGUGAUGAAAGCAUUACAAAGUCGCUUGAUCCUGAUAGUGCAGCUCUAGGGAGAGAUGCAUUAGCCAAAAUUGUCUAUUCUAAAUUGUUUGAUUGGCUCGUGACCAAGAUCAAUAAUUCCAUUGGCCAAGACCCAAAUUCAAAACACAUUAUUGGAGUUCUGGAUAUUUAUGGAUUCGAGAGUUUCAAGACAAACAGUUUUGAACAAUUCUGUAUAAAUUUGACAAACGAGAAGCUACAGCAACAUUUCAACCAGCACGUGUUCAAGAUGGAGCAAGAAGAAUAUACUAAAGAAGAGAUUGACUGGAGUUACAUAGAGUUCAUUGACAAUCAGGAUAUCCUCGAUCUUAUUGAAAAGAAACCUGGUGGUAUCAUUGCUCUUCUAGAUGAGGCUUGCAUGUUUCCAAGAUCUACACAUGAUACUUUUGCACAAAAGCUAUACCAGACUUUUAAAGACCACAAGCGUUUUGCCAAGCCAAAAUUGGCUCAAACAGAUUUUACAAUUUCUCACUAUGCUGGUGAUGUCACUUAUCAGACAGAACUGUUUUUGGACAAAAACAAAGAUUAUGUUGUUGGAGAACAUCAAGCUCUCCUGAGCUCUUCAGAAUGUUCCUUUGUCUCGUCAUUAUUUCCACCAAUGUCAGAAGAAUCAUCCAAAACAUCAAAGUUCUCAUCAAUAGGCUCUCAGUUUAAGCAUCAACUGCAAUCUUUACUCGAGAGUUUGAGCACAACAGAGCCACACUACAUACGAUGUGUUAAACCAAAUAACCUUCUUAAGCCAGAAAUUUUUGAGAACAUUAAUAUUCUACAGCAACUUAGGUGUGGGGGAGUUAUGGAAGCCAUUAGGAUUAGUUGCGCAGGAUAUCCCACAAGGAAGCCUUUCAAUGAAUUCUUGACCCGAUUCAAAAUUUUAGCUCCGGAGACUACAACUAGAAGCAAUGACGAAGUUGACGCUUGCAAAAAGCUACUAGCAAAAGUGGACCUCAAAGGUUUUCAGAUCGGGAAAACAAAGGUGUUUCUUAGGGCAGGUCAAAUGGCAGAACUGGAUGCUCACCGAGCUGAAGUUCUUGGCCGUUCAGCACGGAUUAUACAGAGGAAAGUCCUUACGCAUCAGUCUCGCAAAAAGUUUCUGUUGUUGCAGGCUGCUUCAACAGAUAUUCAGGCCUUGUGUAGAGGACAAGUUGCACGUGUUUUGUUUGAGAAGAUGCGAAGAGAAGUGGCUUGUCUGAGAAUUCAGAAGCACGCACGGAGUUAUAUUUGCCAUAAAUCCUAUAAGAGUCUGUGCUCUUCUGCUUGUUCAGUUCAGACAGGGAUGAGAGCAAAAGCUGCUCGAGUCGAACUUCAGUUUAGGAAAAAGAGAAGAGCUGCAAUCAUUAUUCAAAGUCAAAUGAGAAGAUGUUUGUGUCAUCGGCAUUAUGUGAGAUUGAAGAAAGCAGCUAUCACCACUCAAUGUGGCUGGAGAGUGAGAGUUGCUCGACGAGAAUUGCGUAAUCUUAAAAUGGCUGCUAAAGAAGCGGGAGCACUUCAAGAUGCUAAGAGUAAGCUGGAAAAUCAACUGGGAGAACUCUCUUCAAACUUAGAGUUUGAGAAACAGAUGAGGAUGGAGACUGAGGAAGCAAAAGCUCAAGAAAUCGAAGCAUUACAACUAAAGCUCAAGGAAACUCAAGAAACCAAAAGCGCAGAGAUCUUAAAAUUGCAGUCCGCUUUACAAGACAUGCAACUUGAGAUUGAAGAACUUUCAAAGGGACUUGAGAUGAGUAACGAUCUUUCUUCUGAAAAUGAACAGCUUAAGGAGUUGGUGAGUUCUUUCCAAAACAAGAAUGAUGGAGACGUAAGUAAGCUUAGUGAAGAGCGGAUAAAACAAGAAGUUCCUGUAAUUGAUCAGACCGCAAUCAUCAAACUUGAAGCUGAAAAUCAGCAGCUGAAAGAGUUGGUAAGUUCUUUGGAGGAAAAGAUCGAUGCAUUAGACAGAAAACAUGAUGAAACAAGCUCAAAUAUCACAGAGCAGUUGAAGGAGAAUGUUUCAUCUGAUUAUGAGAUCGUGAGCAAUCUUUCAGCUGAGAACGAGCGGCUCAAGGCACUAGUAGAUUCAUUAGAGAAGAAGAUAGACGGGAACAAUUCUUCAGAGGGACAAAAGGAAAGGAAAAGCAUCUUGAUAGAAGAGAUCUUGACAGAGGAUGGUUCAAUUGAUAAAGAGAUGGUCAACGAACUUGUUGCUCAAAACAAAGACCUGAAUGAACUGGUAAGUUCAUUGGAGAAGAAGUAUGAGGAAGCAAGUAGACUUUGUGAGGAGAGGCUGAAGCAAGCUGUAGAUGCGGAGACAAAGCUAAUUGAAGCAAAGACAUCAAUGCUAAGGCUUCAGGAAAGGGUCUCCGACAUGGAAACAGAAGACCAUAUUCGCCGGAAGCAGGCGCUGGCUAAUUCGACUUCCCAGAGAAUGUCACCACAAGUGUCAUUUACAGGAGCCUCGGUAAACAUUUUUUUUACUAUUUCUCAUACUUCCCGUUUAGACUUUUUUGAAGCAAUAUUUGACUCUUUUUUUUUUAACCUCCUGCAGGAGAAUGGACAUCAUGAAUCACUUGCUCCUAUACCGGCUAAAAAAACUGGGACAGAAUCUACUCGUAUUGAACAACAACCACAUGAAUUUGUUGACGUUCUUCUCAAGUGUGUAUCCCAAAAUGUCGGUUUCAGUCAUGGGAAGCCUGUGGCAGCUAUUACAAUUUAUAAAUGUCUUAUACAUUGGAAAAUAUUCGAAGCAGACAAAACCAGUAUCUUUGACCGAAUUGUUCCUGUUUUUGGUUCUGCAAUAGAGAAUCAGGAAGACGACAAUCAUUUGGCUUAUUGGCUAACAAACACAACAACUCUGUUAUUCCUGCUUCAAAGAAGCCUGAAACAUAGUCCAACUGGCUCAAGUCCCACAAAACCUCCUCAGCCAACUUCUUUCUUUGGAAAGAUGACUCAGGGUUUUCGUUCAACCUCUUCUCCUAGCCUUUCAACUGAUGUGGUGCAACAAGUAGAUGCUAGAUAUCCUGCUUUGCUUUUCAAACAGCAGCUUACGGCUUAUGUGGAAACAAUGUAUGGAAUCAUCAGAGAAAAUUUCAAGAGAGAAGUAUCUUCCCUGCUUUCUUCCUGCAUUCAGGAUCUCAAGAAACAAUCACAUGACUCAUCUGUUGUGAAAUCACCAUCAAAGUUAUCUGAACACAAUUCACCCGCUAAGCCAUCUGAAGAUAAUGAUUCACCCUCUAAGAAAACUGGAGAGAACUCCCUGAAGAAGUCAUCUGCAGAUAAUUCACCUGCUAAAUCUAAGUCAUCUGAAGAGAAUGUCGCCGCAAAGUCAUCAGUAGAUGAUAAAUCACCUAAGUCAACUGAAGAGAAGUCCCUGAACAAGUCAUCUGAAGAGAAUCUCCCCUCUAAGUCAAGUUCACCAAAACAGUUAUCUGAGGAGGAUUCACCAGCUAAAGAGGGCCAACCAGAAAUGUUGUCCGAAGAGAACUCUUGGCAAAGCAUUAUUGGGCUUUUGAAUUACAACCUCGUCACAUGGAAGAAAAAUUAUGUAACUAUCUUUCUGUAUUUAAGCUUCACAUCACUGCUUAACUUCCUUACUAAAAACAUUCUCUUUCAGGUUCCUCCAUUUCUCGUUCAGAAGAUCUUCAGCCAAACUUUCCAAUACAUCAACGUUCAACUCUUUAACAGUCUUCUCCUCGAACAAGAAUACUGCACAUUCAACAUGGGAAAGGAAGUGAAGGCAGGGUUAGAUGAGUUAGACUCAUGGUGUAGCAAAGCGACUGAAGAGUUCGUGGGAUCUUCUUGGGAUGAACUCAAGCCUACGAGACAAGCCGUAGUGCUCCUGGUUACUGAACUGAAGUCCACAAUUACAUACGACGAUCUUACAACUAACCUUUGCCCGGUUCUUAGUACUCAGCAACUGUAUAGGAUAUGUACCCUUUGCAAUGACGAAGACCACAACGAUCAUAAUUUAUCGCCAGAGGUGAUUUCAAACUUAAAACUUCUAAUGACAAAUGAAGAUGAAGAGAGCCGUUCCUUUUUAUUAGACGAUGAUUCCAGCAUCCCUUUUGAAACUGAUGAAAUCGCCAACUGCAUGCAAGAAAAGGACUUUGCGAAUGUGAAAUCAGUAUCCGAGCUCGCUGAUAACCCCAACUUCCAUUUUCUCAAUGAUUGA